AUGGCGCCCAAGGGCAAAGUGGGGACAAGAGGGAAGAAGCAGAUAUUUGAAGAGAACAGAGAGACCCUGAAGUUCUACCUGCGGAUCAUACUGGGGGCCAAUGCCAUUUACUGUCUUGUGACCUUGGUCUUCUUCUACUCAUCUGCCUCGUUUUGGGCCUGGAUGGCCCUGGUCUUUAGCCUGGUAGUAUACGGGGCCAGCUACCACUCAAUGAGCUCAAUGGCACGGGCGGCCUUCUCUGAGGAUGGGGCCCUGAUGGAUGGUGGAAUGGACCUCAACAUGGAGCAGGGCAUGGCAGAGCACCUUAAGGAUGUGAUCCUACUGACAGCCAUUGUGCAGGUGCUCAGCUGCUUUUCCCUCUACAUCUGGUCCUUCUGGCUCCUGGCUCCGGGACGGGCCCUUUACCUCCUGUGGGUGAAUGUGCUGGGCCCCUGGUUCACGGCAGACAGUGGUGCCCCAGCGCCGGAGCACAAUGAGAAAAGGCAGCGCCGGCAGGAACGGCGGCAGAUGAAGCGAUUAUAG